AUGGCCCCAAUUGCUGCUGUUCUCUGCGGCAAACAGCCACCUCUUGCUCAAUUCAUGAUCAAGAAUCUUGCACAAAAGAUUGAGUUGGUGAUGGUCUGCACCAGCGUCGACAGCGCAGUGUCUGAGAUCCCCGCUCUUCUCAAGGGCGAAUCCGUCACCCCAUCCUCCGGCCUGGGGAGUAACGCCGAAGGCGCGGGACGCUCCGACGUCUCUCUCAUCAUCGUGGGCGGAGGAUAUUCCCCAGCCGAUCUUGAAGCAAUCCGCUCCGCAGUCGAUGCCGUCAAGCCCCUGGCUUUCUUUGUUGCUGACACCAGCAAGAGCCCACCUGGCGCCACGGGCCCGCCUCCCCCAGAUGUCAUCAAGAAACGAAUAAUGGAUUGCAUUGAGGGCCAGGAGAAAGGCGAGGGAGAGUUUGCUCCUGGUGUCUACAUGUACUGA